AUGACAGCUACGACUGCUUCAACUGAAGUGGCAGUGGUGGCCAUCACCGCAACCGAGCGCAAAGAUCCCCACGAUGAAUUCGGGAUUCUGGAGCUGUACGAGAACUUGACACUCACGCAGAAGAUUGUUAUCGGCCUGUUGUGCGCUAUCGUGGCCCUCGAAGAACUCUACUUAUUCACGCUCGCCAUCAAGUACAUCGCGGAAUGGUUCAUCCUGCUUCUAGUCGUGACUCGACGAACAAACCGACUCCGAUUUCAAAUUUAA